CGCCCCCUCACCCCGCCCUCAGCGCCGCCGCCGCCGCCGCCUCCUGAGGCGAGAAAAGGCGGGAAACGCGGCCGCCAUUUUGGCCGCCAUGGAAACGGAGGCGCAGAGGUUGAAAGCGGCUUUCCAUUACACCGUGGCCUGCCUGUGCAAAGAAGUUGCUGAAGAUAAAGACAUUUGCUUUAGCAGGCAGACCAUCGCAGCCAUUUCUGAGAUCACCUUCAGGCAAUGCGAAAUGUUUGCACAGGACCUUGAAAUGUUUGCCAAGCAUGGAAAACGGAGUACAAUUAACGUUGAAGAUGUGAAGCUUUUGGCUCGAAGGAGCAACUCAUUGCUGAAGUAUAUUACUCAGAAGAGUGAUGAGCUUUCUUUGAAUAACCUGGAACAAAAAGAGAAAAAGAAAAAGAAAUCAGCUGCCAGGAAAGGAAGAAAUUCUAAUGAGCUUGAAGAACCUGUGGCAAUUGAGAAGGAAGAUUCCAGCAUGGCGUAAAUCCCUCGUUCUUGCUGUGUCGGGGUGGUGGCCUCUCCUGUUCAUUAUGGAGUACCAGCCCUCGGGGUCUUCUGGCCUAGAUUACAAUUCUGUGUUUUUUUAUUUAAGUAAGCACAAUGUAUUUGGAAAAUAAAAGCAUUAAACAUUGGGAGAAGAAAAAUGUAUCUGAAUGGGCAACUUUACUUUAAGAACCUUGAGAUACUUUUUUUCUUUUUUAGAAGGAAAUUGUCACUUAUUAAAUCCAGAGUUUAUUUUAUAUAAAUUAUAGGUCAGCACAGGUAUGCAGUUAAUGAAAGAGCCAUAAACUGGAUGGUUUCAUAUUAAGCUUCAUAUUCUCAAGCUGUGUGUUUUUGGAAGGUGUGCAUUUACUGCCAUCUAAGACAUAACAGUCCAGAGAAAUUAAAAGAAAUACAGU